AUGGGCCCAGGUGAGCCUUCUACGUUGAGCAUUCCUAUAUGUCAAUCUGACUGGGAGAUGGUUGAGUGGCUUCUCGCCCACGGUGCUGAUCCUAACAGCCGCUGCGACUGGGAUUUGACACCUAUGUCUCAAGCUAUGUUGGCAGCACCGCUGGAUCUUAUCAACUAUUUGUUCUCCCAGGGGGCAAACCAGCAUUGUGGACAACUCCUUCAUUGGGCUGUUAUCAGGGACAACGUUGAUGCUCUACAGCUGGUCCGUCGAAUUGUAGAGCUAGGUGUACCCAUUAAUGAGAUCAAGUAUGAAAAUGACCCAGAAGGAUGGUCGGCGCGAAAAUGGUUUGGCCUUGGCACCCCACUCCAUCGGGCUGCGGAGUUUGGGAAAGUAGACAUCGUUAAGUACCUGUUGGAGGCAGGCGCCGACCCUCUGAAGUUGGAUACCAAAGGCAAAACACCACGAUAUUGGGCCGAGACAUGUAACUUCACAGAAGUGGCCCUCAUUCUUAAAGCAGCAGAGGAGCGUCAGCUUCAUGGCACAGAUAUCCAAUACUAA